AUGGCCGGAGGAGACGACCUGAAGCUGCUGGGCAUGUGGGCGAGCCCGUACGUGUUGCGGGUGAAACUCGCUCUCAGCCUCAAGGGCCUGAGCUACGAGUACGUCGAGGAGGAUCUCAGGGACAAGAGCGAACUCCUCGUCAAGUCCAAUCCCGUCCACAAAAAGGUACCCGUGCUCAUCCACAACGGGAAGCCCGUCUCUGAAUCGUUGAUCAUCCUGCAAUACAUCGACGAGGCCUUUGCCGGCACCGGCCCGUCCCUCCUCCCUGCUGACCCCUACGAACGCGCCGUUGCUCGCUUCUGGGCCGCCUACAUCGAUGACAAGAUGCUGCCCGCUUUGAACCAGUCGGCGAUGGGCAAGACGGAGGAGGAGAGGGCUGAGGGAAAGAAGCAGUCGCUCGUCACGGUGGAGACCCUGGAGGGGGCGCUGAGGGACUGCGGCAAAGGGAAGCCCUUCUUCGGCGGCGACAGCGCCGGGUACGUGGACGUCGUGCUCGGCGGCCUGCUCGGGUGGGUGCGCGCAUCGGAUGAGCUGCACGGCGUCAAGCCCUUCGACCCCGAACGGACUCCGCUCCUGGCGGCGUGGUCGGAGCGCUUCGGCGCGCUGGAAGCCGUCGAGCCGGUGAUGCCAGACGUGAGCAGGCUGGUUGAGUUCGGCAAGAUGUUGAAGGCACGUCUAGCGGCUCCUCCGGCCGCCGGUGCAAGCAACUGA